UAAUGGAUAACAGACAUCUUUCAUAUCAUGAUCAUUUCCCAUUUGGUCGACAUUUCAUCAAACUUAGGGUAAAUAUUUGACUAGCUAGAGCCUUUGUUACUGGGAGACUUAAGGGUUUAAACGACGGAGAGUAGCGACUCUCAAAGAGCUUCCAAGCUGAUUAAUUCGUUUGCCCUAACGCUUUGCUCUUUGACAAAGACUGACCAAUCACGGCGCUUGAACACCACAAAGUAGUGCCUUACACUCCCAGAGCAUAGGUUUUUAUGCUUGCAAGCAUAAUGGCUGAUGUUCAAAAGAAUUUCAAUCGUUUACAGCAAGAAUUAAAAGAUCGUUCACUGAGUACUACAAUAGUGGAGUCAGGGAUACUAACCAUCAUCGUGUUAGUAACAUUGCUUGGUAAUGUUCUGGUGUGUCGUGCUGUUUAUCAAAGUCCAAGGCUUCGUACCAUUACUAACUACAGUGUGGUGGUCCUUGCACUUACUGAUAUCUCCAUGGCGGUGUUUGUCUUGCCUUUGGUACUGGUUGUGUCCAUUUUGAACAAAACACCUUUUGGCCACUUGUUUUGCCAGAUUGAGGCAUACACUGCGACAUCCCUUGUAUACAACUCGGUUUUAACGAUAACAUUCAUGUCAGUGAACCGUUACUUCAAGAUUGUCAGAAGUGACCAGCUUUAUCGUAAGAUUUUCACUCGUAGGAAGACGAUGCUGAUGCUGUUAGUGAUCAUCAUUGUAGCUUGGCUUGGACCCAUGAAUGCACCUUUACAAGGGCAAAAAUUUCAGUUUCAUCCUGGAAAAAUGAUUUGUCUUUACAGCUACAAACAACAAUCUCAAGCCAACUUUGCUCUGUUGACCUUCUUCUUCUUCACUUUACCGUACUGCAUAACCAUCUUUUGUUACUGCAGCAUAUACAUCAAGGUGCGAUCACAUAACAAGAGGAUAGCCAACGCUGCACCGAGUACAACCAACAACACAACGACAACAACUAUCAACAGAAAGGAUAUUAACAUCACCAAAACACUAUUCGCUAUUUUCUUGGUUUUCACGCUUUGUAUGAUGCAGCUGGCAGUAGUGGAUACGACAGAAUUUUACAAUGGAGAGUACAAGCUCCCUCGGCAAGUCUAUGUUCUGUACACAUUGAUGUGUGGUUUGGCAAGUGCAGUCAAUCCUUUUAUUUAUGGGCUGUUUAGUCCAGCCUUUAGAUCUGAGUAUAAACGUAGCCUGUGUCUAACGACAGUGAGCUCAAACGACGAAGCGAGUACAAGCAGUAACUAGUAACAAAACCCGCAAGCCAGUAUAUUCCCAGAUCAGGAGCCCAUUAUUAGGAGCAUCCAUCUCCCAUACUGGGUCUGUGAGCCAGCAUAUUCCCAGA